AUGAAUAUUGCAGAUUGGCUCCAUUCCCAUGCUUCUUCAGACUAUGGCCUUUUGUUUAUGAUUUCCUGCUGGAUUAUAUGGAAAUUCAGAAAUAAAGAGGUCAUUCAGAACGCAUCAACAAAUACUUGGGUAGUUCUUCACCAAAUCCACAAUUUGUUUGAUGAUGUUUCUCGAGCCUUCAAGUACAACACCAUGACUAGGACUACAUCUCAGAUCAGAUGGACACCUCCCCCAGAAGGUACCUCCAAGUUGAAUGCGGAUGGGAGCUCUCUUGGCACCCUGGGGUCUUGGGUUUCGGUGGAGUUAUCCAAGAUCAUUGGGGUCGAUGGAAGAUUGUUUUCCAAGGAAAUUACUUCUCUAAUCUGUGAGUCGGACUCUCAAUCAACCAUCAACAUGAUUCACGACGACGUUGGGAUCUAUCAUCCUUUGUACCCUCUGGUUAACAAGAUCAGAAGCUUCAGGCAUUUGCAUUGGUCUCUUACCUUCAGGCAUUUGCAGUGGUCUCUUACCUUCAGGCAUUACCCGAAAGAAGGUAAUCAAGUGGCGGAUGGCCUAGCCAAGAAAGGUUCUUCAGAUGGUGUUCCCUUUAAAGUCUGGCAUCAAUGUCCUGCGGGUCUCAGCCCAAAGCUCAUGGCUGUUCCUCUUUGUAUUUCUGUGUCUUUUAUUUUCUGA